AACACCAACAAAUAACAAUCCAUCCACUCAUCCAGAAUUUGUUAUCAACAGUUCACAGGUUCCAUCAUCUUCAAUGGCUUUAAGAGCAACUAAUUUGGUGAAAUCAAUGGUGAGUCGGUCAAGAGGAAUGCCAGCAUUUUCUACAUUAACCUUCCCCAAGAUGAAGGCUUACUCCCCAACCGCUGAUCACAGCUAUGGUCACCAUGAUCCGAAACCCAGUCUGGUGAAAGGUGCGUAUGCACCGGUGUAUAUCUCGCUGGGGUUGAUUAUGAUGUCGGUUAGCAUCGGAGUGUUCACUGCGACGCAUCAACUUAGAAGGGCGCCGAAUGUUUCAGUGAAGAAGUCAAAGCGAGAGACUUUGCCGGAGCUGGUGGAGCCGGAGAAGGUGGCGGAGGAGUCGAAUGAGUUCAUCAAGAAGUCAUUCUUCAGGAAGAUAGCACAUGUGCAGGAGGCUGAUCGCCAGCAAGUCAUGUCUGAUCCCAUCAGAGGGGAUACUUACUCCAUGCACCCGAAGCCAUAUACAGAGUCGCUGAAAUCGGUGGGAGUGGAGGUGGAAAAUAAGCCGUUUGUUCAGCCACCACCGCUGAAACACUGAAGCUGUCGUUCUUGUGUUAUCUUUAACAGGGUGUCGUACACGUGGUUACUUUUUGGUUGAUUUUUUCAUGGUUCAAGUUGGGAUCAUAUGCCUGUAAAUAUGCAAAAGCUGUUUCUACUUUGAAUUGCAUCCAAGUGAUGAUGGGGUCAACCUCGUAGUAAAUAUUUGAGAAGAAACGUUUUACUUUU